AGACCUGUUACGUCAGACGUAAACAGCGUGUCAGCUAAUACUUCCGGAGUCAUGAACCUUCCUCUGCCAUGUGCAUGGUGGGAGUGUACUCAUUCAGACGCUUUUAUUAAACGUAAAUGAGGAAAGAUAAAGCCGGUUGUUGUUGCCGUUCAGAGAAGAGGAAGCUCCGACUGGACGAGGAGUGUUUCAGGCCAGUUGUCAAAAGAAAAACACCCCGGAGUAGUUUGUAAACGGAGUGGUCUGGCUAGUUAGCUAGCUAGAGGUUAGCUAUCACCAUGGCUCUUUACAUAAAAGCCGCAGAGAUCCUGGAGAAAGCCGAGCUGAAGCAGGGCGCUUUGAAAACUCUGGUUUACGACAGCAAAUUUGAGAACAUCAAGCAGCUGUUUGCUCUGGUUUGUGAGACCCAGAAGUUCUCCUCUGUCCUCGUAGAGAUCAUCGAGACCAGCCAGCUGCUCAAGCAGACCAAGCUGGGGCUCCACCUGGCCAAGGUGCUGGUGUACGACGUGCUGCUGGGCCAGGGGCUGAAGUGUGGCGGCUCCUGGAAGGUCAUGAUGAUGAAGCAUCGGCCCAGACUGCAGGCGGUGCUGGCCCGCAUGAAGGUGAAGCAGAAGGUCAGCAAGAAUGAGGACCUGCUCCCAGCCAGCGUCCAGCAGAGCAUCCAGGACCAGCUGCCCAGGUAUGUGCGUGUGAACACCCUGAAGAUCAGCGUGGAGGAUACCGUAGACUAUCUGAAGAGGGAUGGCUUCUCCUACCUGGGACAGGCCUCCAGCCUGGAGGACUUAGCCGUGAGAAAGAAACACUUUGUGAUGGACAUGCAUCUGCCAGAGCUGCUGGUCUUCCAUCCAAAGACUGACUUCCAUGACCAUUUCCUGUACAAGAACGGCCACAUCAUUCUGCAGGACAAAGCCAGCUGCCUCCCCGCCUACCUCCUCAACCCCCCACCUGGCAGCCAUCUCAUCGAUGCCUGCGCAGCCCCCGGCAACAAAACCAGCCACCUGGCAGCCAUCGUGCAGAACAAGGGCAAACUUUUUGCCUUUGAUUUGGAUGCCAAGCGUCUGGCCACCAUGUCGACUCUCCUGCUGCGAGCCGGGGUCACCUGUCAGCUGCUGGCCAACCAGGACUUCCUGAAGGUGGAACCUGACAGCCCGCAGUUUAAAGAUGUUGAGUACAUCCUGCUGGAUCCAUCCUGCAGUGGAUCAGGUAUGGUGUGUCUCCGGGAUGAUGCGUCCUCUGCUGAGGACCAGGAGAAGGUUGAGGCUCGUCUGGCCUCCUUGGCCUCCUUCCAGCUGCGCUGCCUGAACCACAGCCUCAAGUUCCCUCGCCUGAAGCGCCUGGUCUACUCCACCUGCUCCGUCCACAGCCAGGAGAACGAGGAGGUGGUAACGGCCUGUCUGCAGCAGAACCCCGGCUUCAGGUUGGUUAAUCUGAUGUCUCAGUGGCCUGAACGAGGCCUGGAGCCGCUCACUCAGUGUCUGCGUGCCAGCACCACCAAGACCCGCACGCACGGCUUCUUCGUGGCUCUGCUGGAGAAAUACAGUGAGGCUGCGAAUAAGGAGCAGGAGCCAGUGGUUCAGAUAAGCGAGCCGGAGGUGAUGCCACUCAGCCCGUCCACCUGCCAGAAGAGCCCUGCUGCUUCAGAAGAAGAGCCUAAAGCUUCAGAAGAAGUAGCUGAAGCUUCAGAGAUGGAGGACAACCCAACACCUGCAGCAGGACAGGCUGAGGGGACACCUGCAGCAGAACAGGCUGAGGGGACACCUGCAGCAGAACAGGCUGAGGGGACACCUGCAGCAGAACAGGCCGACGGGACAACUGCAGCAGGACAGGCCCACGGCACACCUGCAGCAGGACAGGCCGACGGGACACCUGCAGCAGGACAGGCCGACGGGACACCUGCAGCAGGACAGGCCGACGGGACACCUGCAGCAGGACAGGCCGACGGGACACCUGCAGCAGGACAGGCCGACGGGACACCUGCAGCAGGACAGGCCGACGGGACACCUGCAGCAGGACAGGGUGAUGGCACACCUGCAGCAGGACAGGCCGACGGGACACCUGCAGCAGGACAGGCUGUGGGCACACCUGGCAAGAAGAAGAGGAAGAGGAAGAAGAAGAAGAAGCAGCCAGAGGCCAUGCCACUCCGCCCGACCAUCUGCCAGAAGAGACCUGCAGCUUCAGGAGAAGAGUCUGAAGCUUCAGAUACGGAGGACAACCCUACACCUGCAGCAGGACAGGCCGACGGCACACCUGUAGCAGGACUGGCUGGUGGUACACCUGGCAAGAAGAAGAGGAAGAGGAGGAAGAAGAAUAAGCCGGAGGGAACACCACUCAGCCCGUCCACCUGCCAGAAGACACCUGCAGCUCCAGAAGAAGAGUCUGCAGCUUCAAAGACGGAGGUCAACCCGACACCUGCAGCAGGACAGGCUGACGGGACACCUGCAGCAGGACAGGCUGGUGGCACACCUGGCAAGAAGAAGAAGAAGAGGAAGAAGAAGAAGAAGAAGCCGCAGGCGACACCUCUCUGCCCGUCCACCUGCCAGAUGACACCUCUGAAGUCUGAAGCUUCAGAGACGCAGGACAACCCGAUACCUGCAGCAGGACAGGCUGACGGCGCACCUGCAGCAGGACAAGCUGACGGUACACCUGGCAAGAAGAAGAGGAAGAGGAAGAAGAAGAAGAAGCCAGAGGCGACGACACUCACCCCGUCCACCGGCCUGAAGAGACCUGCAGCUCCAGAAGAAGAGGCUGGAGCUUCAGAGACGGAGGACAACCCGACACCUGCAACAGGACAAGCUGACGGCCCACCUGCUAAGAAGAAGAGGAAGAAGAGGAAGAAGAAGACGGCAACAGCGACGCCAACAGCGACGCCAACAGCAACAAUAACAGCGGAGUGAUGUGAAAUUUAAAAUGUGACUGCUAUGACAUGUUGUCUUUUAUGUAAGGGUCUCUCAAGUAAAGCUUAUUUUUUACUGUA